AUGGCCCGAGAACCCGAGACGCGCCGAGUGAAACCGGUUGUGGGGAACACCAUUUACAUAUGUUCAUACGAUAAGCGAGCGCUGUGGCCCUGGAGGACGCGAGGGUUCGAGACCUACAUAAUAUCAUACCGGAUCGUCGACUGUUCGUCCCUAGACCUGACCGGUGACCGUUUGCAAUACAAACCUUGGGCAGUUUGA